GUGAAGCUGCAGACGCUGCAGCAGGAGCUACAACACUCGCAGCAGCGGCUGCAGGAGCAGCAGAACGGAAUGCAGGGGGCCGCUCCAUCCAGCAGUCUUCCACACCAGCGCCUUCGUAGCCCACAAGGGGUCCCUUCGCUGCACCAACAACAGCCUUUCCAGCAACAGGAGCACAUGUCGCCCCUGCCCCGGCAGCAACAGUGGCAGCCAGCGACCCCUCAUGAGGCAGCACACACACUAAAUCACCGAAGCCUUGGGAACCAAUGCGGGCCCUGUGGGAGCCUCACUCGCGCUAUCAACGGUUCAUGCCAUUGGCUGACGCAGCCCGAGUCUGGCGUGCCAAGCUGCGCAGAGGAGAGCAUCUCCGACGAGACGCUUUCCGGGCAGCAGCAGCAGCUGCAACAGCAACAGCUGCUGCUACAGCACCAGCAGAUGCAACAGCAACAGCAGAUGCAACAGCAGCAGCAGAUGCAACAGCAGCAGCAGAUGCAGCACCUGCAUACAGCGCAUCAGGACAGAGAUACAUCUCUUCCCCAGCAGUUUUUGUGCGAGCCCUGCAUUGUGGAAAAAGUUGUGGAGGUCCCUCGCGUGGAGUACGUUGAAAAGAUCACUGAAGUUCCUCAGGUGCAGCUGCGUGAGAAGAUUGUGGAGGUUCCUCAUGUGGUGCAGCAAGAGAAGAUUGUGAAUAUUCCGAAGGUUGUUGUACAGGAGCGAAUUAUUGAGGUUCCGGUAGAGAAAUAUGUUGAGCGGGCAGUAGAAGUCCCUCAAAUUCAGCAGCGCGAACGCAUAGUGGAGCUACCCCAGGUGUUGCACCAGGAGGUGAUUGUGCCAGUUCCUAAAGUGCAUGUGGUUGAGAAGAUCGUUCCGAGAUACAAGCACAUUGAAGUUCAAAAGACAGUGGAAAUCCCGAGAAUUCAGUAUAGAGAGGUGCCGGUUGAGAAAAUCGUGGAGGUCCCCCAAGUGCAGGUGCAGUAUUUGGACGUAACCGUGCCAGUGCCUCAGCGGCGGCUUAAUGUGAUCCAAACGCAGAAGAUUGUUGAAGUCAAACAACAGCAAGUCGUAGAACGGCGCGUGAAGGUUCCCACACCGCAUUACGUGUACAAGCAGACUCCCGUCCCUGCUCCUCCAAAGACAGUGUUCAAGGAAAUUCCGAAACCUACCCCGAGAUACGUAAAGAUACCGCAGCCUCAAGACGUCUACGAGGAGAUCGAAAAACCCGUCUUUGUCACGAAGUAUGUGCAGCGAGAAGUACCUGUGUACACCGAGAGGAUUGUGGAGGAAGCCGUCCCAGUGGAGGUGCCGCGUGAGGUGACGCGCCCCCGACCGGUUCCGGUGUACAGACAGGUAGAACGGCCCGUGGCUGUGCCGCUGCCCGUGGCGGCAGGAGACCCUCUCAUUCGCACAGAGUCAGGGCUAGUGCCUCUGAGAGACUUUGUGGCAGAGCACCAUAUCGUCAACGUUAUGCAGCAGCAGCAGCAGCCUCCACCAGGGCGAAGGCAUGCAGUUGCAACUGCAGCAACCGCCGUAUCAGCAACCAAGACAGCAGCAGCGCCACCACCCCUUCCACCACCAUUCCUGGGUGCAGCAGCACCACUCUCAACAGCAAUCACGAACUCCGACAGCGAAGGCACAGCCUGCGAGACUGCUCGCGCCUGA